AUGUCAUAUUAUAUCCAUCAUGAUGAUGAGGGAGAAUUUCGAUCGUUCAAAGCGAUUCCGAUCAUGACAUCCAAUGCAUGCAUCCAUCAUACUGAUUAUUUUCCUCACUCUUCCACAACUUUAAGGAAAGAUUGGUUGACUCGACUCUCCCGUCCAACAUGUCAACGACAACAAUAUUAUUCAAUAUCGGAAAGUUUAUCAUCCUCUUCAUCAGAAUCUUCUCCACGGUUGCAUGGUACUGUUGAAAAUCAAUUAGAAUCUCUAUUGCCCAACGAUCCACUCGUGAAAUAUGCUCUCGAUCAAAAUAAGGAGCUGUUCAAACGAAAACUUGAACGCACCAAGCACAAAUAUCAAUCCAAAAAGAAGCAUUAUGAACAUGAAUUUCAAAAACAAUUGUGUGAAUCGGUUCGAGAAAAUAACCUUCUUCAUGCUUCGUUGUGUGCUCAAAAUGACGCCACAAGAGAUGUUCAAGCGGAAAAUGCAAUAUUAAGGCAACGCCUGACACAAUUGGAACUUCAAAACAUGACACUCCUUAAAAAACAUCAAGAAAUGAAACAAGAAAAAGAGUUGGCAGAAAUGUGGUGUGAACGAUGGCAUGAUCGGAGUAGGACCUUGUCUAAAUUAAUUCUCUCUUUCAAUACGAUUCUCAAUCAACAACAUGAAUCAUCAUGUGGUGACAAGUAUGCCAAUGAAAUGUCUAAACUCUUGCUGGAUGAAUCCAAAGUGAACAUUGUUGGAAGUGCACGAACUGAAAUUUCUGAUUUCAAUUCGAAAUCUGACAGCUCAUUGGCAGGUCUUCAUUUGAAAUUAUUGAAUGAAAUGCUACAGGACGAGCAUGAAAAAUGGAUGCCACCAUUCAAGUCUAAACGGAAAAAACAAGAAGAAUCUGAAAUGGUUCGACAAUAUCAAACGACCAUUCAACAAUUGGAGGAGAAAAUUGUCAAGCUAGAGGAGUCACUGCAACAAGCUGUAAAAAAGGAGAAGAGUGUCGUACAUGGUAUGGCUUGCAAGGAGAGAAUGAUUUCAGAAUUGAAAAUGCUGUUAGAACAAUCCGAGAAAACGAGAUGGGACAGAGAAGAGACCAUACUUAGAUUGGAAAAUGAGAAAAGUAUGUGUGUUCCAAUAAGAAGAAUGAAGUCACGAGUAAACUGUUCACAACAGACUUCUCCAACGGAAUGUCGUCACGUUAGUGAUUCUAUCGAAACGUCCAAAGUCAAUGACGAUGAAUCCUAG